UUGACGUGGCCAACACUGUGCAGUGGCGGCCGCGGAACGUGCCCGAUAACGCUGCCUUCGACGUACACAUCAUGCGCCGUCCUGUUAACAAGCAUUCCAACAGAAAUGGUCUCUCCAAGAAACGUCCCAUGCUCCUGCAAGCAAUCGAGCAAGCUCCUCCAACAUCAUUCAAUUUGUGAAUUCGGAGGGGCAGCCCGCAGCUCUGGAAAGACGUCCAGCCCGCGUGACUAUGAGUAAAACAAGAAGAUGACGGGCUGCCGUAAUCCUUAGAGACUGUUUCCUCCCUUUCGGCGAGGGCCAGCUGUACACGGACAUGGAGUCAGGUCAGGAAUGCGAGCAGCUGCCCCAGUCUCAGCAACAGCGUGAGCGCGAGAAGCAAAGACGGGCGAUACCAGGACCAGACGGCCGGCGAUCCUGGUUGGUGGCCGUGGCCUGCGCGUGGAACUUGCUCUGGAGUAGCCUCAUCCGCCGAUCUACGGGAGUCAUCUACGUGGCACUGUUGCGUGCGUUCGGCGCCACACGCGAACAAAGCAGCUGGGUGCUCAGCGUCGGCACGAGCAUCGCAUGGCUCAUGGGUCCUGUGGUCGGCGUACUGACGAAGUACGUACCACUGAUGGCGCUAUCCUUUGCGGGGAGCAUCGUGACGGCGAUAAGCGCGAUAGGCUGCGCUUUUGCCGGGGACAUGACAGCCAUCUUCCUGCUGCUGGGAAUAUGCAGUGGUAUCGGCAACGGCAUCGUGAUGCCUACUAACGACGUGAUCAUCGGCAAGUACUUCAAGAAAUAUCGGGGCUCGGGCAACGGCAUCUACUACACGGGUGGCACGCUGGCGGCCUUCGCUUUCCCACCGAUCCUGCAUCUCUUGCUGCAGGAAUACGGCUUCACGGGCGCCUUCCUGAUAACGGGUGGUCUUAUGCUCAAUGCCGUGUCGGCGUGCAUCGUAUUCAAGGCCCCUCCCUGGGAGGCAUCGAAAUCUACGAGCGCCAAGGUGUCACCCACGGCAGCUAACGAAGGCGGCGACGGACAUCUACGGCGCGGAUCUGUAGCUAGUCUGGAGUGCAAGGAACAAGCAUCACGAAUACACUUGCGCAGCAAGGACUUUCAUUGGAUCAGGACGGAGCACCUACAAGACCCGUGGUUGAAGGCGGCGCGACCACCGAGACGAACAUCCCCACAGACAAGGACGCGUGGCCGAAGGCGUCGCUCAAGAGCACGUCGAUAUUGCAAAGUUGCGAGGAUUUCACCUCUUACGCAAACGGUUCUUCUCCCGACAUUCCAGCGGACAUCACCACAGUGUCGAGCCACGAAAUCUCCGAGGGACGUGCUGAUCAAGCCGCCGCAAACUGGCACGACGACCACAUACAAGUUUCCUUCCUCUCCUAAGCCUGUACAGUUCCACGGUAUUUCAUUACGCUUCCUCAAGCGAAAACCUAUUGGCGACGGCGACGUGCCUUCGUACUCGCGCUUGGACGGCACCUACAACAUCCAAAACGGAGAGGCCUGCAGUAGCGGAAGUACUGGGAUUACCACGGCAAAUGGUGCCGUCGCGAAGCCGUGGACCGUGUCCGAAGUGGAAGUCAUCGCCGUUGACGACGCGGUCGAAAGCCUCCGUCGUCACUCGUUGACCGGAAGAGAGACUCUGGUAGCCAGCGGCGGUGGAAACGUGGGCACGUCGCACUGGAGUUUCCUCCGGGAGCCCGUCUUCUUCAUGGUGACAGUGACGUGCGCCAUCUCGGUCUACACGCUGCUGGUGCUCAUGAUUCUGGUCGACCUCGCGGUCGACAAGGGCUUCACGCGUCGCGAUGGCGCGGUGUUUCUCUCGGUGACGGCCAUCGGCGACGCGUGCGCGCGGCUCGUGGCUGGCGCCCUGUCGGACCGCUCUUUCUGCGACCGACGCGUGCUGAUGAGUGCAAGCGCGAUGCUCACGGGAGUGUUGUGCGCCUCGCUGCCCACCAUGCGGCCGGACCGCUACGCGCUGACGGCGCUCAUGUGCGUGCUGUUCGGCUGGGCAACUGGCAGCGUGGUGGUGCUGUUCGGUCCCGUGCUCGCGGACCAGCUCGGAGUGGAGAACCUGGGACUCUCGGGAGGCAUCACCCGGUUCGUGAUGGGCAUCGCUUAUCUGGCGUCCCCAAAGAUCACCGGUUACUUCAAGGACGAAAUCGGGUCAUACGAUGGACUGCUUCACAUGGUCAGCGUUGGCUCCUUCUUCGUGUGCGUCAUGUGGACUACGGAAUUCACUUAUCGACGCAUCAAGAAACGACGGUCGAACCGUGCCUCCUGACGCGACUCGCGUGCAUAUGCGCUUGCUGUGAUACUACAGACAUCUACUCAAGUUGUGGUGGUAGUUGUGCAGACAGAGACUGCACGUGCCUCCAGGGCCCAGAACUUUUUCGGCAUCACAAACAACAAGUCAGCACAGAUACGUGACACGUUGUCUGAUACUUUAAACCUGACAUUUUCAGAAUGAAUGUGUACAUACUUGAUAUGUGGGGUUUAACGUCCCAAAACCACCAUAUGAUUAUGAGAGACGCCGU